GUGAAAAACAAAGUAAACAGUUUCCUCAAUUUGAAAAGAAAAGAAGAAAUAAAUAUAGUAAACCCAUUGAGAAGAAAAAACUACUUGCGAUAGUAAAAGCGGAAAUUAAGAAAAGUUUCAGUACAUUUUCAACGCAUCAAAAGCAUAAACAGAAUCAGCAACAGCAACAGUAACAGCAACAACAUCAGCAGAAUGCCUGCUAUUGGUAUUGACUUGGGCACCACGUACUCCUGCGUGGGUGUCUACCAGCACGGAAAGGUGGAGAUUAUUGCCAAUGACCAGGGAAACCGGACGACGCCCAGCUAUGUGGGAUUCACAGAGUCGGAGCGACUGAUUGGCGACGCUGCCAAGAACCAGGUGGCGAUGAACCCGAAAAACACAGUCUUUGACGCCAAGCGCCUCAUUGGCCGCAAGUACGACGAUCCCAAGAUUGCGGAGGACAUCAAGCACUGGCCAUUCAAGGUGGUAAGCGAUGGAGGCAAGCCCAAGAUUGGAGUUGAGUUCAAGGGCGAACACAAACGCUUUUCCCCGGAGGAGAUCAGCUCGAUGGUGCUGGUCAAGAUGAAGGAGACGGCCGAGGCUUAUCUAGGCCAAAGCAUCACAGACGCAGUCAUCACAGUGCCUGCCUACUUCAACGACUCACAGCGCCAGGCCACGAAAGAUGCUGGCCGCAUCGCAGGCCUAAACGUGCUCAGAAUAGUAAAUGAGCCGACGGCGGCCGCGCUGGCCUACGGCCUGGACAAGGAUCUGAAGGGUGAGCGCAAUGUGCUCAUCUUCGACUUGGGCGGUGGCACUUUUGACGUGUCCAUCCUGACCAUCGACGAGGGAUCCCUGUUUGAGGUGCGGGCCACAGCCGGAGACACUCAUCUGGGUGGUGAGGACUUUGACAACCGAUUGGUCACACACCUGGCAGAUGAGUUCAAGCGCAAGUUCAAGAAGGAUCUGCGCUCCAACCCACGUGCUCUGCGACGUCUUCGAACGGCGGCCGAGCGGGCCAAGCGCACCCUCUCCUCCAGCACGGAGGCGACCAUUGAGAUAGAUGCGCUGUUCGAGGGACACGACUACUACACCAAGAUAAGCCGCGCACGCUUCGAGGAACUGUGCGCCGACCUGUUCAGGAACACAUUGCAGCCGGUGGAGAAGGCCCUGACCGAUGCCAAGAUGGACAAGAGCCAGAUCCAUGACAUCGUACUCGUAGGAGGCUCCACGCGCAUUCCGAAAGUGCAGAGCAUGCUCCAACAGUUCUUCAACGGAAAGAGCCUCAACCUGUCCAUCAAUCCAGACGAGGCGGUGGCCUACGGCGCUGCUGUCCAGGCCGCGAUCCUCAGUGGCGACCAAAGUGGCAAGAUCCAGGACGUGCUGCUGGUGGAUGUGGCGCCGCUCUCCCUGGGCAUAGAGACUGCGGGCGGAGUGAUGACGAAGCUGAUCGAGCGCAACUGCCGCAUUCCCUCAAAGCAGACCAAGACAUUCUCCACGUACGCCGACAACCAGCCCGGAGUGUCUAUCCAGGUGUACGAGGGCGAGCGUGCGAUGACCAAAGACAACAACGCUCUGGGCACCUUCGAGCUGUCGGGAAUUCCGCCAGCACCACGAGGAGUGCCUCAGAUCGAAGUCACUUUCGACCUGGACGCCAACGGCAUCCUCAACGUCACUGCCAAGGAAAUGAGCACGGGCAAGGCCAAGAACAUUACCAUACAGAACGACAAGGGUCGCCUAUCCCAAGCCGACAUCGACCGCAUGGUGAACGAGGCAGAGCGCUACGCCGACGAGGAUGAGAAGCAGCGCCAGCGCAUAUCCUCACGCAACAGCCUGGAGGGCUAUGUCUUCAACGUGAAGCAGGCCGUGGAACAGGCAUCCGAUAAGCUGAGCGAGGCCGAUAAAGCAUCCAUACUGGAGAAGUGCGACGAGGCCAUCAAGUGGCUGGACAUGAACACCACCGCCGAGAAGGAGGAGUUCGACCACAAGAUGGAGGAGCUCUCCAAGCACUGUUCCCCGAUAAUGACAAAGAUGCAUCAGCAGGGAGCUGGGGCGCAAGGUCCAGCGACUGGAGCCAGCAACUGUGGUCAGCAGGCGGGUGGAUUCGGUGGCUACUCUGGACCCACCGUCGAGGAGGUUGACUAAGGAUCGUAGUCAGACCUCGAAGCCAUAGAGGAGAUAUUUACAUUGAAUUAUUUCAUAGUUCAUAUUAUGUUU